AUGUCGGAUCGUUGUAGAGACAGGGACGAGGAAUCAGAUCCAACAGCAAAAGGAAUUCCACGAACCACCAAAUGGCUGCAGCCAAGUGCAAAAGUCACACCUCAACAAGCAUUCUACGUCUUUGGCAUCCAUGGAAUUGGAGCUAUGAUUGUCGCCGGGAUCGUGAACUUUGCAAUCGCCUCUGUGGCCAUCGUGGUUUCGAAUGGCGGCUAUAGUCGAAUCUACAACGUUAAGAAACCAGCCCUGUUGGUGGGCAUUGCGGGUGUCAACAUUCUUUUGCAAUGCAUUUUCACUUGGUUUGCUGCGUACAAAUUGGUUUCUUGUGAUCUUGGUCGCGGCAAGGUGCAGCCUAUCGGGUUUGUCAACGAGCCAACAGGCAAAUUCAUGCGCUGGUUCUUCAUUUUAUCACGAAACAAAAAUGACAACAUUGAGAGUGUCCGUGUCAUGUCUCUUAAAGGAGCAGGUCAGCACCUCACAAGAGCAUUUCUACUCGCAGUAUUGGGGUUCGUCCUACUCUGGCCGGCUUCUUUGGGCAUACUCAUGGUCUUGAGAACCAAAGCUGAAAGAGGGUCCGAUUUUGACCUUAUUUGGCUUCCGCCAGUGUUGAAAACGGUUCUCGGCGCCGUCCUUGCAUUGCUUACAACCCCUUUGAUGGCAAUAUUCUGGUUGCUCAGAGGUGGUUGGGAGGCAAACCAAUACCUGUAA